CUUCCUUCUUUGAAGCUUCCUUCUUUCGAGAAAGGAAGCAAGAUAGUGCAUUCAUUCAUCAAUGGAGAAGCUCAUCUUCUCCAUUUCUCUCCUGCUUCUGCUUCUGGACGGUUGCUACGGUGGCAAGGUCGGAGUAUGUUACGGAAGAAGCGCCGACGACCUUCCGACACCAGCCAAAGUAGUCCAGCUGAUAAAACAGCACAACAUCAAAUACGUCCGUAUCUACGACUACAACUCCCAAGUCCUCAAGGCAUUUGCCAACACAACCAUCGAGCUCAUGAUCGGAGUCCCAAACUCCGACCUCAAACCCUUCUCCCAGUUCCAAUCAAACGCAGACACGUGGCUAAAGAACAGCGUCUUACCCUACUAUCCAACCACCAAGAUCACUUACAUAACAGUCGGAGCCGAAUCCACCGACGAUCCACACACCAACGCCUCCUCCUUCGUCGUCCCCGCGAUGCAGAACGUGCUGACCGCUCUCAAGAAAGUCGGCUUGAGCAGAAGAAUCAAGGUCUCCACGACGCUCUCCCUCGGCGUCCUCUCAAGAUCUUUCCCACCUUCCGCUGGAGCGUUCAACAGCAGCUACGCGUAUUUCUUGAGGCCGAUGCUCGAGUUCUUGGCGGAGAAUCAGUCUCCUUUCAUGGUCGAUCUUUACCCUUACUACGCUUAUAGAGAUUCUCCCAACAAUGUGUCUUUGGACUAUGUGUUGUUCGAGUCUUCCUCUGAAGUGAUUGAUCCCAACACCGGUUUGCUCUACAAGAACAUGUUCGAUGCUCAAGUCGACGCGCUCUAUUACGCCCUCACGGCUUUAAACUUCAGGACGAUCAAGAUCAUGGUCACGGAGACCGGAUGGCCGACCAAAGGCUCGCCGAAGGAGAAAGGUGCUGCCUCUCCUGACAACGCAGAGACGUAUAAUAGUAACAUUAUACGCCACACGGUUACAAACCAAGGCACGCCUUCGAAGCCAGGAGAGGCCAUGGACGUUUAUAUCUUCUCACUGUUCAACGAGAACAGGAAAACUGGUUUGGAUUCGGAGAGGAACUGGGGGCUGUUCUAUCCCGACCAGACGAGUGUUUACCAGCUGGAUUUCACGGGGAAGAAGGGCGGGUUUCGGUCGAAUUCGAGCGGGGGAAACUCGAGAGGGAGGAGUGAGAGCUGGUGCAUUGCUUCUUCGAAAGCUUCGGAGAUAGAGCUGAGAGGUGCUUUGGAUUGGGCGUGUGGUCCUGGGAACGUUGAUUGCACGGCUAUUCAGCCGAGCCAGCCUUGUUUCCAGCCAGAUACUUUGGUUUCUCAUGCUUCUUUUGUGUUUAAUAGCUACUUCCAGCAGAAUGGGGGUACAGACGUUGCUUGUAGCUUUGGAGGAGUUGGUGUUAAGGUCAACAAAGACCCUAGUUAUGACAAAUGCGUAUACAUAACCGCAGGCGGCGGGAACAACACCAAGGCGACGAAUGCAUCUGCAUUGAAUUCCUCUGCUUCUACUUCACAUGGAAACGAAUCUCUAGUAUGGAAUUUGAGUCUCUGUCUCGUGAUCUUGUUGUCGUUCAGUUUGCAAACUACAAACUCACAGGCAUUGUGACCCAGAAUCUGAAAGAAAAGUGAGUCAGUGUUGUAGCAGGAAUGUAGCAAUAGUGAGAAAAGGUAAGAUUUGUUCCUCAACGUUUGGUCUAGAAAUUGUUACCAUCUAAGGUUUUGUCUAUCUUCCUGAAGUGAGUUGUUGUACAGACAUUUUAUCUGAGAACUUGUAAUGCAAUCACCUGUGUCUAUGA